CCACAAUCAUUCAAAACAUCUAUGGGUGUUGAGGGAAGUAGCUGCCUGAGUGUUGCUGCUGAAUUCUUCAUGAAAAGUAACUUCAAUUAGUGUUGAUCUUGGAAAGGCAGCAGAAGACUCCGCCAUGUCUCCGGUCAACGCUGGAUGCUUCCUGCUGCUGCUGCUGUGUGCACAGUCACUCGGCGCACCUCCUUCGUUCAGUGUGGAUUACAAGAACGACUGCUUUCGUAAAGAUGGCGAACACUUUCGGUACAUAUCUGGAAGCAUCCAUUACAACAGAAUCCCCAGAGUCUACUGGAAGGAUCGUCUGCUCAAGAUGUACAUGGCAGGACUGAACGCCAUCCAGACGUACAUUCCCUGGAACUACCACGAGGAGUCUCCAGGUCAGUACAAUUUCAGUGGAGACAGGGAUGUGGAGUACUUCCUUCAGCUGGCUCAGGAUAUUGGAUUACUGGUCAUCCUUCGGCCGGGACCCUAUAUAUGUGGGGAGUGGGACAUGGGUGGACUGCCUGCCUGGCUUCUCAACAAGAAAGACAUUGUGCUGCGGUCUUCAGAUCCAGAUUACAUUGCAGCAGUAGAUACAUGGAUGGGAAAGUUACUCCCGAUGAUGAAGCCUUAUCUGUAUCAGAACGGCGGUCCCAUUAUCACUGUACAGGUGGAGAACGAAUACGGAAGUUACUUCGCCUGUGAUUACAACUACAUGCGUCACCUGACCAAGCUGUUCCGCUCUCACCUGGGCGAGGAGGUGGUGCUUUUCACCACAGAUGGUGCUGGGCUUAACUACCUCAAAUGUGGCUCCAUACAAGGUCUCUAUGCCACAGUUGACUUUGGGCCAGGUUCAAAUGUAACCGCUGCCUUUGCUGCACAGAGACAUGCUGAACGACAAGGACCUUUGGUGAACUCUGAAUUUUACACCGGCUGGCUGGACCAUUGGGGCUCCCCUCACUCUGUUGUGUCAUCUGCAAUAGUGGCCAAGACCCUCAACGAGAUGCUGGCCCUGGGAGCAAAUGUCAACAUGUACAUGUUCAUAGGAGGAACAAACUUUGGAUACUGGAAUGGCGCCAAUUCACCGUACUGCCCACAGCCCACAAGCUACGACUACAAUUCUCCACUCACGGAAGCAGGAGACCUCACAGAGAAAUACUUUGUUAUCCGAGAGGUGAUCAAAAUGUACCGUAAAAUACCAGAGGGACCAAUACCACCAACAACUCCAAAGUAUGCAUACGGAGCUGUCAAAAUGAAGAAGCUCCAGACGGUAUCAGAUGCCUUAGAUGAACUUUCCUUCUCUGGUCCAGUCAAAAGCUUGUAUCCUCAGACCUUUACUGAUCUCAAGCAGGCUUUUGGUUAUGUGCUCUACAGGACUAAGCUGCCUGUAAACUGCAGCAAACCAACUCCACUGUCAUCCCCUCUGAACGGGGUCCAUGAUAGAGCGUACGUGUCAGUGGAUGGGGUGGCUGUUGGGAUUCUUGAGAGAGAUAAAGUCAUAAGCAUCAAUGUGACUGGGAAGGCUGGCAGUCAGCUGGACUUAGUGGUGGAGAAUUUGGGCCGAAUCAACUAUGGAAAAUACAUCAAUGACUUCAAGGGCUUGGUGUCCAACCUGACUUUGGGAAAGGACAUGCUCAACAGCUGGACCAUGUACAGUCUCAGUAUUGAUGAAGCGGUCAGUCAGGGCCUCCUCUGGGAAACAAAGCCCAGUCCAACAGAUCCACCUAAGCCUGCUGCUCUCUUUCCUCCGACCUUCUACGGGGGAAGCUUCGUCAUUCCCGACGGCAUUCCUGACCUGCCCCAGGACACCUAUAUCAAACUGCCCAAAUGGAGAAAGGGGCAGGUUUGGAUUAAUGGCUUCAAUUUGGGACGUUAUUGGCCAACUCGAGGCCCUCAGGUGACGCUUUUUGUUCCUGCCAGCAUCCUCAGCACGGCCUCACCCAACAAUGUGACGGUGCUGGAGCUGGAAGGAGCUCCCUGCAGCCCUGCGCCAUGCACAGUGGAGUUUACAGCCACCCCGAUCCUGAAUGCAACAGUCCAGUCUGACUACAAACAGCACAGGAGAAUCUUCUCUAGAGUGGAUUUGUUGUGAUGAAAAGGGAACUUGCUGCUGCACGAUUUGCACUACUCAUUGAUAUGCAAAUAUCAAAUCAUCACUGCUGUUAGAGAUAAAUAUGUGACUGAUUUUGCCAAUUGAAGCACUGCCAAAACAUGCAGCCUGUACUAUCUGAGAGAAUGUUUUAUUUGUUUUUUUAUGUGAAAACUAAAGAACACAUCAGGGAAAUAAUGUAUGACAUGAGCAUAAAUGUAUUGUGGGACUGCCACCUUCCUUAAUGUCAAAAUUAUUUUGCAUGCACUCAAAAUCUGUGAUCUUAUAAAGCCUGUGCCUUUUUAAGUGAAGAAUAAAA